AUGUACCAGAUGUUGAAGGCCCAGGAGGAAGCCAAGCCAGGGAGCCGGAACAACCGGAGCGACCGGAGCAAACGUUGCCGCUGCCAGCGCCGGACGCCUCCAGCAGCCCGGCGGAUGACAACUCAGCCACCGAGGGCCACAAAUGAUGAAUAUCAGGAUGUGUGGGCAGGUGGGCUGGUAACUUGGGACUGCCGAGCGGAAGCAGUGGAAGGGGACCUACCCAAACUGCGAUGCCACCAAGAGCUGAGGGAAGGCCCAGCCCUCUCGCUGCCCACCCUGGCUCUCAGCACAGUUCAGCUAUGCCAGCCCAACUGCCAGCCGUGUGUGCGUGUCCACUUGGCUCUGAACGCUACAGGCAUACGAGGACUGGAGCUGCAUUUCCUGGUACUGAGUUCUAACCGCUCUGUCCGGGUUCAAGUCAGGCGACGGAAGCAGCGGGCAGAUACAAGCAACUUGUGGUGGGUGCAGUUUGACUGUUUCGCAGCAGAGAGUGGCCAGUGGGUUUUUGUCUGGCUGAAAACCCUUCCCAGUCAGGUGCUGGUUCUCAACCAAAGCCUUCUCGUCAUUAAUGAGAAGUCAGGGCCCAAGUUCCACCACACAUGGAUGCCAGCAGCUCGGGCGAUUGAGGUGUCUGUUCCUGAAGGCCCCAACAUUACUGUGCGCCUCUGCCACCAACAGGCUCUGGCGUGUGAAGAACUGCGCUCGCCCUUCCACCAGCAGGCACUGGUUUCCAGACAUCGCCCUGCUGUACUGCCGUAUGAGUUCUUGCUGCCUUGCUUAUGCAUUGAGGCAUCGUAUGAGCACCACGACAGCCAGCGCGAGAAGAAGUGCCCCUUCCAGGAUCAGCCAGAAGCCUAUGGUCCAGAGUUGUGGUCCUCAACGGAGAUCAGGGACCACAGCACCAGCGACGAGGCCCAAAUGGCUAUGUCUCUACAUGGCCGCUGCCUGCUUCAUCCCACCGCUUCCCUCUGCUGGAAGGAAAGUGCUGCUCCAGAAGCAACCUGUGAUGACAUCCCCAAUUCCACAGCCACCAGAUUUGGCCAGGUCUACACCCUUGAGGAAGUGGACAUGCACCCUCGGCUAUGCUUCAAGUUUUCUCACACUAACAGCAGCCACGUUGAAUGCCCACGCCGGAUAGACCCUGCCUGGAACGUCUCUCUCAGCAUUUACUUCCUGCAGGUCCACUUGCAUUUCCACUCCCGCGUGCCCGCCUCUUUCAGUUCAGCCUUAUGUCAGCAGCAGCCUCUGGGACAGUGUGUGCUAGAACCACCAGUCUACACCAUCACUCAUCCAGAGGGACAGGGCCCAUGGGACCUGGACCUUAUUAUGCCUUGGCGGAUCUCAAGGAGCUGUGUACUGGUCUGGCGUUCUGAUAUGCGCUUCUCUGGCAAACAGCUUCUGUGCCCAGACAUUUCUCGGAAGUACUGGGGGCUGCUGGCUUUUGGACUGGGAUUGCUGGCGGGCAUCAUCCUGAUGAUUCUCUGGGGCUUCCACAGGUUCCACAGAGCUAUCCCCAGCAGAGGCCGUUCCCGUCCCAUCCUGCUGAUCUAUUCUCCCGAUUCGGAGGAGCACAAGCAGUUGGUGUGUGCCUUUGCAGCCCUGCUGCGCUCGGCCCUGAGCUGCCCUGUGCUUCUGGACCUCUGGGAGCUGAGCCAUGUGGGGCGGCUGGGCAUCUUGCCCUGGGUGUACGCCCAGCGAGAACUGGUCAGCCGGGAGCAGGGGCAAGUGCUGCUCCUGUGGAGCGCGGGCAGCGCUCGGGCCUACGGACUGUGGCAAGGGGAAGAGCGAGGCAGCCACCGGCCGGCUCCAGAGCCUCACGAUCUGUUUGGGGCAGCCAUGGCUUGCUUGCAAGGCGAACUGCGGGGCGCGUCGGGGGCUGCCCGACAGAGCGACUGGGUCAUCGCCUAUUUCAGCAAGCUGUGCGGACGACGGGACAUCCCCCGGGCCCUGCGCUAUCUUCCCCGCUACCGCCUGCCUCAGGAACUGCCCGGCCUGGUGAGGGUCCUGCAGGGCCCCUCCGGUUCGACCCCCGGCUGGUUCCGUGCCAGCGCCAAGGCCUUGGUGCGCCGCCUGCUCCGGGCCGAGAAGAAGAAAGGCUCACGGAGCCGGCUGCAUCAGCCCUGGAAGGCUGCCACAGACGCGGGCUCUUUCUUCCCUCUUGCUCACCCCAAACUGCGCAAACCAAACUGCACGUGA